CCAUGGAGCUGCUGACUGGGACUGGCCUGUGGCCCGCGGCCAUAUUCACAGUCAUCUUCAUACUGCUGGUGGAUCUGAUGCACAGGCGCCAGCGCUGGGCUGCCCGCUACCCACCAGGCCCUGCGCCGUGGCCUGUGCUGGGCAACCUGCUGCAGCUGGACUUAGAGAACAUGCCGUAUAGCAUGUACAAGCUUCGAAACCGCUACGGUGACGUGUUCAGCCUGCAGAUGGCCUGGAAGCCUGUCAUUGUGAUCAAUGGCCUGAAGGCUGUGCGGGAAGCUCUGGUGACCUGUGGAGAGGACACUGCUGACCGCCCUAAAAUGCCCAUGUUUCAGCACUUUGGCCAUGGACACAAGGCUCAAGGACUGGCAUUUGCACCUUAUGGGCCCGAGUGGCGAGAGCAGCGGCGGUUCUCUGUGUCCACCCUGCGAAACUUCGGCCUGGGCAGGAAAUCUCUGGAGCAGUGGGUGACAGAGGAGGCUGGCCACCUCUGUGACGCCUUAGCCGACCAGGCUGGUAGGUGA